AAACGAAGCAAUAACUAACGCCCAUUCUCACGCAGAAAAUCCGAGAGCGAGAUUUGCAGAAAAUGGGAGUGUUUACAUUCGUGUGCAAAGCCUCCGGCAGCGAGUGGACUGCUAAGCAGCUUAAGGGCGAUCUGGAAGCUUCUGCUUGCUCAACCUACGAUCUCCAGCGCAAGCUCGUCCAAGCCGCUCUAGCCGAAGACUGCUCCGGCGGCGUCCAGUCAUCCUUCUCCUACGUCCUUCCUACUUCCGCCGUUUUCCAGGUGAUUAUUGGUGGAGCUAGUGGUGGUGCUUUUAUUGGAGGUGGUGGGGCAGCUGCAGCAGCAGCUCCUGCUGGCGGUGCAGCUCCUGCUGAAGCACCUCCAGCUGAUGAGAAGAAGGAAGAGAAGGAAGAGAGUGAUGAUGAUAUGGGAUUCUCGCUCUUUGAUUAGUUAGGUGCUAUAUGCUAAUGAAUUAUUUGCUGCUAUCUGUUUCUUAAAACUGCUGUUUUGGCAUGAUUUUGAUCUUUUUUGAUAGAUUUGAGUCCCAUAUGAAAUGACUUGUUAUAAUGUUUUAAGUGCUUUGGAUUCUUUUCAUUCUCUCUUUGGCUUA